AUGGGCGCACGCGGCCUAGCGAAGUGGCGUUGGUGCCUGGUGGUGGUAGCAUGGGCGUGGGGCACUUCUGCCCGCACACUAUGCCCGGCGCGAUGUUCCUGCGACGACGCGUUGCGAGCUGCCUCUUGCGCCAAUGCAGGCCUCGAAAUUGUCCCUAUACAGCUCAAUCCGGAAGCCACCCAUAUCAACCUCACGCACAACUCUAUAGACAAUUUGCUCUAUACGUUCGCUUUCUACACCCAACUCACCAUUCUCGAUAUCUCGUACAACAAAAUACAAGACUUAGGUAGUAAAAACUUCGAGAAUAACUUGGAGAUGACACAUCUCAACGUCAGUCAUAAUUAUCUUAAGCGAUUGGAUAAGGACACAUUUAUUGGUUUAAAAGGUCUUCUCGAUUUGAAUCUGUCUGAUAACGAAAUAUUAAAUAUACACGCGCAAACAUUUAAAAGUUUGUCUAUUUUGGAGCGACUUGAUUUAUCAAACAACAAGCUCGUGAGCUUUGAAGCGAAUACUUUUGAACCGCUGGCUGCUUUAAAGAUAUUAUCCCUCAAAAACAAUUCAAUAUUAGACAUACCUUCGGAAAAUCUUCUAUUUAUUGUACAUUUAGAAUAUUUAGACUUGUCAGAAAAUUUAAUACAACAAGUCUCCAAGCAUGGUAUACCAUAUUUGAAGGAGUUGAAGAAUUUAGACUUGAAUAGUAAUAUUAUUGAGAGCGUGGACCAAUUGGGAUUUCAUCGAUUGCCCUCAUUGAGACAUCUGGACCUUAGUGACAACAACAUUACAACGAUUCCCACCUCAGCUCUUUCGAAACUUUCAAACUUGUCGCACUUGUACCUCAGUGGAAACUUUUUUAAAAAUGUAACAGCGCUCUCGUUUCAGAGUUUGUUCCAUUUAAAACAUUUACAUUUGAGCAGACUUUAUGAACUAGAUAAAAUCGAUUCUAGAGCUUUUGUUGAUAACAUCAAUCUGCAAAAAAUAUGGAUGAAUGAAAAUGUUAAAGUAAGAGAGGUUCCUCCUAGAUUGUUCCACGGCAACCCAAAGUUAACACAUGUGUAUAUGAGAAACAAUGCAUUAGAAACUCUGGAAGCAUCUCAUUUUCCGAUUGACAGACUGCAAGAAUUAGAAAUAUCAGGCAAUCCUUUUGUUUGCAAUUGCUCGAUAUUAUGGUUAUGGAAACUAGGAAGAGAAAGUGAAAUCAAUCACAAAAAGUCUGGUAAUGCUAGUUCUAUAUUAAAAAUAGACUACGAAGAUGUAAAAUGUGCUGCGCCAGAAAAUUUAAAAGGUGUUAUGUUUGUUCAAGUACCAGAAUCGGAGUUUGGGUGUUCAAAUGGUUGGGUUAUUGUGGCAGUUGUGGUGCUAACUGUGAGUAUCAUUAUUAGUGUUGUCGGAGGAGCUUUAUAUUUUGUGGGACCUUUGAAAAAGUGUAAAGGAGACAAGUCGAAGCAAGUUAUGACUAGUGUUAUGUUAAACGGUGACGUGUCCAAGUUAAGUAAUGGAUUAGGGUAUUCGACGAGAAGUAGGGAACAAGACAACAAACGUGACGGUGAUCGAUAUCUAAUGAUAGGUUCCUCUGUGACUAAUAAUUUUCAUUCGUUAAAUCCUCCAUGGAACAGUGUGGAUAAGAGUCCCUAUUACCAAGAGGAUAGUGAAGAGCACAUUUACCAACAGUUUGCAUACGAAACUAUUCCACCUCAUAGGACACCAGAGAAACCUCACAUAGUGUACGUCUAACAUAAGUUUUGCGCGAAGGACAAUGUUACAGAUAUAUUCUUUGGCGCAUUAUAUGUAUAAAGUCAUAACGUAUCUUAAAGACAUGGGACUUUGAAUUCGCAAUAAUGUAAAUAGUGAUACGAUUGAAAAUGUAAUAUGUGAUAGCUUUGUAUAUAGUCGUGUAAAUAUAUUAUUCAUUACGGAUGAAAAAAACUAUAAAGACCUCUGUUCUCGAUUUUGUACUUAACUGAUUUAAGAUGAAAUUAUUUUAAAAGAUUUAGAAGGUGAACUGAAUUGUGACUGUUAAAAGCCAUUGUUGGUGUUACAUUUGUUUAUCAUAUAUUUCUAAGUACAUAUAAACACCGCUUUGUCCUCUUUUUCUUAAUUUAACAUUUUAUUUUUCAUUAUACAUAAAUAGCAAUAAGAUGAUCUAAAUGGUCAAUGUACUGUUUUGUUUAUUAGUUCCUUUUAAUUAUGGGUACUCAAGUAGUUAAGUGCUUUGUAAAAAUAUCUUUUAUGACUUACGAUUACAUACUAAAUUAAAAAGUCAUGAGUAAUUGUAUAUUUAUAUAUUUUUGAAUUAAAACACCAAUACUCGAUGAAAACUUUGUACAAAUAUGAGCAAUAUAGAUUACUAUAAAGUCGUUAAUUUUAUUCUGAGUAUUGUUAUAGCUUACCUAUUAGUUUGUAUUUAGAAAGAAACUUUUUGGACUCGUGUAUCAUGCGCUUAAAACAUUUGAAUAACAAUAUGUAUAACAAGAAAUAUUAUAGAAACACAAUAUAUAAACCAGCUGCUCUGAUGCUAAGGAGUACAAAGUACGGUAACUAUUUUAUUGGUUAGAUUUACGAACUGAUUGGUGACAAUUAAUUUGAAGUCUUUUAUUUACUUAUAGAUAUUCUAAAAUUGAUAUUUUUAUACGUAGAUGAUAUGUAUUGAAAUAUGAUUUUGAGGAGGCUGACUUGAAAAUAAAGUAUUUAGAAUUUUUGUUCAAUCUCACACCCAGUUGGACAAACACCCGUUAAGGUUUAAAUAUGAAUUUUAGCACUAAUGGUCGUCCUGAAUUUGAAUUUUUUUUCAGUAAUUUCGCUUUAAACAAAUGACUUAAAUUAUGACAAUUUUAGUGGACGUUUCUGCAACUGGGUCCCUAUAUUUUAAAUUUGAAAAAUGAGCGGACUUAUUUGAUCUGUAUUGUUAUUGGAAUGUUGUUCAUUUUAUUUACACUUUUCAAAUUAUGCAAUGUAAUUUAGUGAACAUAAGUAUCUACCGAAAUAAUUUGGAUUGUUUUUAAGAAAAUCUCUAUUGUUUAUCUAGUCUAUCAAGCUGGCUUCUUUAAAAAUCAUUACAAACUUCUAGUUGAAUUAUAAACUUUAUACAUGAAGGUAAUUUAUGACUAUAAACCUUAUUUAAAAUUCAAUAAGAUACACAUUGUAAUAACCGAGAAACACCAUACCUAUUCAUGCGAUACCUACAGACGUACUAAUAGAGUAAGGCUAUUUAUACAUACUACUUAAAAAACUUUUGUUAUGAAACUUAUUUAAAUAUAUAACGCAUUAAAACAAAAAACAAUUAAACCAUUAAUAAAAAUUAUGUUUGUGUUUUCAUUUCCACUUCAGCUCUUUGAGAAACUUUUAAACGUAAGUACAUCAUAGGGGACUUCACAAAAUAAAGUGCUAUCCUUUUAAAGUUUGCACCAUAAAUGAAGGAGGUAUUUAGCGACUGGAACCAUAUAAAUUCGAACCGCGGUCCCAGUUGUCAGAUUAAUUAAUAUUUAAUAUUUUUCUUUUAUUGCUUAUAUAUAAAUAAAUUAAUAAUAAAAAUAAAUGUUUAACGCAUUUGUAAGUAUAAAUAAAAUAUCAUUGAAUUAAAGUAGUUAGUAUUAUUAAUACUUAAAAUAUUUUUUUAAUGUACGGUAUUGGCUUGAUUCCGACAAAUGGGACCGCGGGUUCAGUUAACUGAUUCUUCAGCUCUAGCCAUAACUGGGAUAAUGUAACAACGGAUAGGACGAUAUAAUGGAUGUGGAUAGAGAGAGUCCUUUGUCGAAAAUAAAUUUAAAGUGAACACGGUUGCAAAUUGGUAUCAGAACAGGUGAUCUACUUGUCGUCUUUGAAAAGAAUUCCCGGUUCGAAAUUCAGUUUCUCCA